CCAGACAUCGGCGGACGUUAGCAACACACAGCUAAGCAGAGAGUGACUGUGAUUGUGUCCCAAAAUGUGUAAAGUCCGAAUUCUGAGAACGUUGGUGAAGCAGCGGCUAAACGUGGCCGUCGAAGAAAUAUUUGAACUGUUUGAGAGGACGAUAGCCGAGUACGAGGAGGAACUUAAUCGAAGCAAAGAGGAGAAAGAACGACAACGCCAACUCCUGGACGCUCUUCUCAAUCCUCAUGUUCGACUCCACAGAGCAGACAUGCAGCAAGGGUUGGUGGAGAGUCAAGACGAGGUUCCUAGUGCGGAGCCGGAGGGGCCGGUAGAGCCCCCCCAAAUUAAAGAGGAAAAGGAGGACGUGUGGAGCAGUCGGGAUGAGCAGCAACUUCCGAGGCAGGAGGAAGAGGCUGAUGUCAACAAGUUCACGUUUUCUGGCGUCCAUGUCAAGAGGGAAGAGGACGAAGGUGCUUCCUCACAGCUUCGUCACAGUCCAAGUGAGGGGAAGAGAGAACCUGCUGGAAAUCGACACUCACCGGACAACAAGUUCGCUUCGUUAUCCGACACGGCCGACAUGAUGUCCCCGUUGUCCGACACGGAUCACAGCGACGACGCCAAAGAGCCCUCGGACGCCAAAGGCGGCAAAAAACGCUUUGUCUGCUCCGAGUGCGGGAGAACCUUCGCAUACAAGAAAACGCUGAAAACGCACAUGAUCAUACACACGGGAGAGAAAGAUUUUGCGUGUUCGUUUUGUGCCAAAAAAUUCUACAGAAAGUGCGACAUGAAGAUACACAUGGCCACGCACACGGACGAGAAACCUUUCAGCUGCGUGAUUUGCGCUAAAGGAUUCUCUCUGAGGAAAUACUUGAUGAUACACAUGAAAACGCACACCGGCGAGAAACCUUUCACCUGCUCCGUUUGCGCCGAAGUUUUCACCAGCACGCAAUGUCUCGUGCUCCACGCGAGGCAACACGUGACGACAGAGGGCGACGGAAAUCACUUCAGCCGCUCAGAGUGCGGCAAAACGUUCGUCGGUAAGGCAACCCUGAGCGGACACGUGACGACGCACGGCGGAGAGAAGCUCUACACCUGCUCGGUUUGCCUGGACAGUUUCAGCCGGGGUGACGAUUUGAAAGCGCACAUGGGCGAACACAGCGGGGAGAAGACGUUCAGCUGCCACGUGUGCGAUAAAAGAUUCACGCAUAAGAAGAACAUGAUGAUACACUUGAGGACGCACACGGGGGAGAAGGCGUUCGUUUGCGACGCGUGCGGUCAGAGAUUCUCGUCUAAGUAUCAGCUGGACAAACACCGGUGCGCCUCGAUGGAUGCCGCAGCCGUUUCGUUGCAUUCUGAAGCGACGGUCAAACGAGUUGACGAGUUGAGGUGAGAGCAACAUAUCGUCGCUGUCGGGCGGAAUCCUUGCGAUCUCCAAAAUCGUUCAGGAAAUCAAAUGAAACGGAAUUGCCACGCGUCGCAUUGUUCGAGUUUAUAAUCCUGUCAUAUACUGCUGCCCACCUGCAUCAGCACAACGCCGCCACGAAAUCCUCUUCAGUCACUAAUUUAAUUGCGGAAAAAAUUGCUGAUUUACUACGCUCUCUUGAUUGAAACGGUAGGACAAUAGUCAUUUUUAAUACCCCCACAAACAGCAAGCAAUCAUCUUCCCAAACUCCUUCGCAAAGGUUGCAAAGAGCCAAGAUAAUAAUCUUACUGCACAUUUGCGGCUGAAGCAUUAUAGCGCUCCAUUUUUAACAAAACAGGCUUACUCAAAUAUGUCUAACGUAACUAUUUUCGCUCGUUAUUGUCUUUUUAAAAAAUAUAUAUCCAGACUUUGAAUCUUGAGGGGACAUAAUGCCGCACAGCUCCUGCGGUGUGAGAGAAGAGGCGGAGUUUUGACACUUCUCAGACGCGUUCAAGAGUUACCGGUAAUGGUUUUGCGCUCAAGCUAAUUUCCACACUUUAUUUUGGGUAAUCAUGCAUAAAGUAAGUAUAAGAUGUGGGGACAGACCAACAGGAUCAAUUUGUGGGGGUAUUAAAAAACAAAACAAAAAACAAAACGUUUACCGUAUGUGAGGUUUCCGCCCGACAGCGACGGAAUACCUUUCGGGUCAAUAUCACUCCGAAGUGCCUUUGGUGUCCGCAUCAAAAUCACUCCGUCAUCAUGAAAAUGUAGCAGAAUAUUGAAACUCUUCAAGUCUCAUUAGAAGUGACCAAACAUCAGUACAAUGAGAAGUCUCGUAAAGUCUCCUUCUUUGACUUUGUACCAAACCUUUUUUCAGUGGAUGUAUGUGAUCUUUUGAUAUAGGUUUGUUGUCCACCGCUAGUUAUUUGAUCAACUAAGUCAUUUUGAUCCCGUAUAUUCUAUUUUCACAAUCAUGUCGAACAUUUUGCACGCGUCUUUGAAAUUGCUGUCCGCCCUGUCAUGAUGGGGUAACUGUCCCUUCAAGAAACCUUUUGACGCCCAUCAUUUUGUCUUUCUGCAAUGGAGGUUGAAACAGCGAAUAGUUGCAGAUUAAGUAUUUAGUUACACUUGCAUUUAGUAAUUGUCAUCAUUUUAUGUGUCGUCGGAUGUCGUGGUUAACAUGUCCACUCUGGCACAGUGAAAUAUCAGUUGAUGUAAAAACCUUUUCGAGAUUAGAAAUAUACUUUUCAAGCAGCCCGGCUUCCGAACUGAAUCAAGUGAAGUUCCACCAGGUGCUAGUUAAAUGCUAACAUCCGCCAAAAAUGUCAUUCGGCUCACAUAUUAUGCUGUUUUCAUGAACGGCGUCUGCUUGCAGUUAAUUAAAAAGAAAAAAAAAUAUGGGCGCUUGACCAAUAUGCAUUUCUAAAAGCAUAACGUUGACUUAAUACAAUGAAUAUGAACUCGAAUGGAAAAUGGAAACUUUUUUUGGGGGGGGGGGGGGGGGUGAAGCGGGGAAGUCUUCAAUUAAAGGCACCUUAAGGUGAUAUUGACUCACUCAGAACAAGUUGGGAAAAAUUGCCCUUUGGGUGAAAGUUCAAGGCGGACAAAAGGCGCUCUGCGACCGUCAACCGCUCGUUUUUCUGCAGCUCGGGAGCGUGGACGGACCGAGACAUGUCCUCGGUCAAUUGGAAUUGCUGUUGAGUAUUUUAAUGAGUCAAAUUGAUCAUGAUGUUGACAUUGUUGCGGGGGCGCGGCAUCAAUGUUUGAUGAUCCUUUGGAGGAUUCACCGCGAACAAGCGGGUAAGAGACGAGCGCGUCUAUUCGUCACUGCUUGCAGCUUUAAUCUGUAAUAUUGUUUCUUUGUACUUGCGUGAUUAUUGUC